UUAACCGUCGGUUAAUCUAACCGGACUUGGUGAAAUUGACCCUAUAAAUGAUGUACAUAAAUGUAUUACCCUCUCUUUUCGCUACUAUUUUUCGACAUUAUCCAUAGAUGUCGCUCUCGACGAAGUGAUUUAAAUCGUUUGUAUAAGUUUGAUGCAACGCGCGAAAAAUUUGUCGCGUCGUCCUUUGAUCUUUGAUUUGUGUCUGUCAAAUAAAAUUUCCAGUAACCCAUCCCAGGUCCGCCGAUAUGGCGAGCUUAUUGGACUUGUGCGAGCGAUAUUUCGGUGCUCGUAAUUUUUAUGACGUAUUGAAGAUACCAAAAAGCGCGAACGACAAACAGGUGAAGAAGGCUUAUCACAAACUGUCGUUACUCGUACAUCCUGACCGGGUCGAGGAUAGUAUCAAGGCUGAAGCGACGGAGAAGUUCAAAGUCCUUGGUAGAAUACAUUCCAUUCUCAGCGACAAUGAAAAACGCAAAUAUUACGAUGAAUCCGGACAAUACGACGAGGAAAGCGAAGAGGCCAUCAUGCGCAAUUGGGCCGACUAUUGGAGAUCCUUAUUUAAAGAAAUUACUGUCGAAGAUAUCAAUAAUUACGAGAAGAAUUACAAGGGAUCGGAAACAGAGAUCAAGGAUCUUAAAAGGGCAUAUAUAGACAGCAAGGGAGAUAUGGAUUAUAUUUUGGAAGCUGUUCCAUUUACAAAUUGCGAUGAAGAACCAAGACUGCAUACUAUAAUUGAAGAUCUGAUAAAGAAUGGUGAAGUCCCAGAAUAUAAAGCUUUCACCAACGAGAAUGACAAGAAAAAGCAGCGCAGGAAAAGAAAGUGGGCAAAGGAAGCAGCGGAAGCUGAACGUCUGGAGAAGAUGCUGAAAAUUGAGAACGAGGAAAAUGCAGCCGCGAACGAUCUCGCGCUAGUGAUUCAAAAUCGCAACAAGGCUCGCGCCGGUCAAUCGGACAGUUUCUUCGACUCAUUGAUUGAGAAGUACGCGACGAAGGCUGAGAAAUCGACGAGAAAGAAGGCUUCAUCCGCAAAAACUACGAAGAAAACUACGAAGAAGGCGUAGAGAUAAAUUAGCGUCGAAACCUGUGUCUGUCUUCGCUCUAUCUUCAAAAAGUCUCAAUUUUUUGUAAUUUAAAUCGCAAAACACGGAUUUGCUAUAGAUUUCUAUAUAAUGGACGGUUGUGUUUAGUUUUUCUAAGUAUAAGUCCACCAAGACUUUUGAAAAAUGCCAAUAAACUAAACAGAAAUCUGCUUGAUUUAAUGUCAUUACGUCAAUUAACCGCGCGUAAACUGCGACAUAAAUUAAACCAUAGUAUUGAGUCAAAACCUCUUUUUUUAAAUGUGCACAACGGUGUAGAUACGGAAUUGUUACUUAUACACUUUAUAUACAAACAAAUUGCGUUUGCCA